AGGUGAUUCAUGCUUUGGGCAGUUUAAGGGCAAGUAUAAAAGUGCACAGCAGCAGAUCUUGUAUAAUCAUUUCUCUUGUUUCUCUUGUGAAGUAGAUUAGUCACUCCUGAGCAAUGGUGCACUCUCUAAGCCCAUGCACUGAUGGCAGUGCUUCUCCAUGUGGGGUGGCUGUGCCACAGCCCGUUGCUGAUAGCUGCAAUGAGCCCUGUGUCCGUCAGUGUCCUGACUCCAGGGUCGUGAUCUACCCUCCGCCGGUGGUUGUAACCUUCCCUGGACCCAUCCUCAGCACCUUCCCUCAGCAGAGUGUCGUGGGAUCUGCAGGAACCCCUGAAGUUGGAAGUGGAUUUAGUGCUGCCCGUACUCCUGGGACCUCCGUUGUUUAUGGUGGUGCCAGAUGGGGACGGGGAUACCCAAUUGGAAACUGUAGACCAUGCUAAACCUGCUGUUGCUGAAACAAGAAUACCCAGGACAUGUCAAACAGGAUGUAGAUAACAUGGCUGAGCUCCAGGGCACAGCAUUUAGGAAGGGUUGAGCCAUUUGGAGCUGCCAUUAAAUACAUCUGUAGAUGCUCAGAUCUUCUGAAAUAUCCAUUUACAUCCUUCUUGGAUUACUUCUGCUGUUCUUCUAAUGCUUUCCUGUUUUUCUAAGUAAGUGCUCUGUUCUUGAUGCUGUGGGACUAUAUUGCUAAUUCCUUGGGGGCUAAUUCCUUGUGGCAACAUAAAGGGAACUGGUAUGACAUUCAUUUUAGGUCCCUUUUUUUCUGUGGCAACUGAUGCAUAAAAGAGAGUCAUGAAGUCAACUAGCCUCUGUUUCUGUGCUGUAUGUGUCUUGCUCUGAUCAUGGCUGAGUAUCAACCCAGAGCUGCAAUAGGGGAGCACCACCAGUUAUUACAUGAAUCAUCUUGCAUCAAACCACAGGUUGCAGGCAAUUUGUAAUCUGUACUAUAUAAUCCUACCUCUGUAUGAUCUGCUUCUUUCAUUAAACAUGACAUUGCAACAUGUUACUGGCCUUGA